AUUCAAAUCCCCAAUUUCCAGUCACAGCUCCUCUCUCUCCCUCUCUCUCUCUCUCUCUUGAUCGGUGCUUUCCCCGACGCCGAUUUGCGCCCUUACGAUGCCUUCCCGAAGAAGAACGCUCCUGAAGGUCAUCAUCCUCGGCGACAGCGGAGUGGGAAAGACCUCUUUGAUGAAUCAAUAUGUUAACAAGAAGUUUACCAAUCAAUACAAAGCGACUAUAGGAGCUGAUUUCUUAACCAAAGAAAUGCAGUUUGAAGACAGGCUCUUCACUUUGCAGAUUUGGGAUACAGCUGGACAGGAAAGAUUCCAAAGUUUAGGUGUUGCUUUCUACCGCGGUGCUGAUUGUUGUGUGCUUGUAUAUGACGUGAAUGUGAUGAAGUCGUUUGAGAAUCUGAAUAAUUGGAGAGAAGAAUUCCUUAUUCAGGCCAGCCCUUCAGAUCCAGAAAAUUUCCCAUUUGUUGUUAUAGGAAACAAGAUUGAUGUGGAUGGUGGAAAUAGUAGAGUGGUUUCUGAGAAAAAAGCUCGGGCUUGGUGUGCAUCAAAAGGAAAUAUUCCCUACUUUGAGACCUCAGCCAAGGAGGGCAUAAAUGUUGAAGAAGCAUUCCAAGUAAUUGCACAGAAUGCUCUUAAGAGUGGUGAAGAAGAGGAAAUAUACCUGCCAGACACCAUUGAUGUUGCAAGUAGCAGUCAACAGACGUCAACUGGAUGCGAGUGCUAAAUGUAUUAUGUGAUAUUUACAGUGGGCCUGUUAAAGUUAUUGUUGGAACACAAUGUUGUGAUUUUAUUCAACUGGUGCCGGUUCGUUUCCAAUGCUUGAUUUUGAGCUGCGCAAAUAUUGUCAAUGGAGGAAUUCGACCAAGUUAGGUCUCUUGAGGAUUGUCAUUAUAUUUUUCUUUCUUUUCCAGUCGGAUGCUUGAUUAUGCAUGGACCAUCUGUGUGUUCAUUGUGAUGAUCAAACAUAGAAUGUUCGAGCUAAGAAUUUGCAGGCAGGAAAAUGUUGUACAUUGAUGGAGGAUGAUAAUGGAAUAUGUUGCUGUAGAAAGUAUUCCAUUGGGAGUAAGUGCUUGGAAGGUGGUUGAUAACAAAGGUAAGGUUGCUCUUUCGAAAUUAGAGCUCACGGGUUUGAGUUGUAGUGUGAGGUGGGAUCUAAGUUUGCAACUCUUAUGAAUGGUAAAAUGGUGGAUUUAGGAUGGGUUUUGCCAUGUGUUUGGUAACAAUGGUAAGGCUUCUCUUUUUAAAUUAGAGGGUUACAAGUUUGAGUUGCAAAAACAAUAAAAUGAAGGAUAGAGUUGAACGCAAGAUAAUCCCCUAAUUCUAAACCCUCAGAGCUGUGAGAGCGUUAUGAUUUAGGGAUGCUGUUAAUAUUAUUAUAAAUUUAGUAUAUUAUUUUAAAUAUUGUACAUUCGCACUUAUUGAAAAUUUCUUUACAUAAUUAAAUAGAGAUGACAAGGCAUAAAAGAUAAUAAAUUAAACAUGGUUUUUAUUCAUUAAACGCCAAAAAGCUUACUUCCAGCUACAAGGAUGAUUCAAUCCACAAUCACAUAGACGUAUGGCACAGUGACACAAACCCCUGACAUCAAUUUCAUUCGAUGAUAGUCGCUCUAAAGAGCGUCCCUCGACGGCUAUAUUAUUGGUUUCUCUUCCUGACUCGCCUGCUAGAUUUCUGCCUCAAAAGAUUUUUCUCCCGUCAGUUCAGAAAUGGACUGUUCUUUGUAGAAUAUCUUCGUCUGUAAGUUUGGCGUCAUUGCUGUUGACUGACACGUUGGGUAUUUGCUCAAAAUCUGUCCCAAAUAACUUUCCCUUUCCCGAAGAUUUCUCUUUCUUCGGUUUGGCAUCAUCCCGUUGCGGAUGAUUUUUCUGCCGUUCACCAAUAUGUUGUUGGGUAUUAGGUCAAAAUCUCUCACAAAAGGUUUCUCCGCUGAGGCAGAUCUUCCUUCCGGGGAUUGACUCAAAAUCUCUCAACGAAGGCUUUCCCUCAUAAGAUCUUUUUUCUGUUAAUUUUGCGUCAUUACUGUAAACCGAUACAUUGGGUUUUGGCGCAAAUUCUCUCACAAAAGGCCUCCCCUUUGCCGAAUCAUCGGCUAUGGCUUUCGCCGGUGUGUGACGACUGUUGGCCUUGCUCUUAGCCAUGGACGGUGACGGCGGGUCUGGUCUCAUCUGGCAUGAACACGAGGACUGCUCGCAAACUGCACAACAUGGGAUAGUACUCCUUAAGCGUUAAAAAUAAAAAAUUCACAAUAGCACUUGUAUUAAGUAAAUUUAAAAAAAAAAAAAAAAAAAAAAACUUGUUAUUGCUGGCGCUUACCAGAACAA